AAGCGCCGCCUUCACCUCUAAUCCCUAUUUCUUCCUAUUCUCACGCUACCAGCUCAGCUCGUCUGCAAUCUCUCUCUGUUUUCCGCCGCUCGUCGCCCCCUCCGGCCCACGCCGCUCGCCUCGAAAUCUCUACAGCAAGCCUGCGCCGUGCUCCGCCUCACUGUGCAGCCUAUCAGAGCAGCUCUGCCGACAACUCCCCAACCCACCGCCCAAUAGCAGAAUGAAAGAACAAAGGUUGAUGAAGUCGUCUGAAGGUGCUCCCGAGAUUUUAUCUUGGGUUAACAAGAGCAGGAAGAUUGAAGAGAAAAAAUCUCGGGUUAACAAGAGCAGAAAAUCUCGGGUUAACAAGAGCAGGAAGAUUGAAGAGAAAAAAUCCCGGGUUAACAAGAGCAGGAAGAUUGAAGAGAAAAGGAAUGCUGAGAAGGAGAAAGCAUUGCAGCUUUCACGAAUUUUUGAGGAGCAGGACAAUAUGAAUAUGAAUGAUGAAGGAAGUGAUGACGAGUCAGCAGCUCAAGACAUAACUCAACACUUGGGUGGAGUCAAAGUUCUUCAUGGACUUGACAAAGUACUUGAAGGGGGCGCAGUUGUGCUAACUCUCAAAGAUCAAAGCAUACUAGCUGAUGGAGACAUCAAUGAAGAGGUUGAUAUGCUUGAAAAUGUGGAGAUUGGAGAGCAAAAACGAAAGGACGAGGCUUAUCGAGAUUCAAAGAAGAAAGUUGGUGUUUAUGAUGACAAGUUUAAUGAUGAACCUGGUGUAGAGAAAAAAAUGCUUCCACAAUAUGAUGAUCCUGUUGCUGAUGAGGGGUUAACUCUUGAUUCAACUGGACAUUUUUCUGGUGAAGCUGAAAGGAAAUUGGAAGAGCUCCGGAGAAGAAUUCAAGGAGUGUCUGCAAGCAAUCAUGGUGAAAAUCUGAAUUCGAUUGGGAAGAUAUCAACAGAUCAUUACACCCAAGAAGAAAUGGCCAAAUUUAAAAAGCCCAAGAAAAAGAAGGAUAAGCUGGACAUAAAUGCCCUUGAAGCUGAGGCUAUAGCUGCUGGACUGGGAGUUGAGGAUCUUGGUUCUAGGAAAGACGGGAGACGGCAGAUCCUUAAGGAGGAAGAGGAUAGGAUUGAGGCUGAAAUGAGGAGCAAUGCUUACCAAUCAGCAUUAGCUAGAGCUGGUGAGGCAUCUAAGACUCUCCCGCAAGAGCAAGUACCUACCAUGCAGACUGAGGAAGAAGAUGCACCUGCUUUUGGUGAUGAUGACGAUGAGCUCCGGAAAUCAUUGGAGAGAGCGAGAAGAAUAGCCUUGAAAAAACAAAGUGGAACAGAAAAAUCUGGCUCCAUGGUGAUAAAGCUCCUAGCCUCUCGUAAUGCCAAUGAGUAUGCAAGCUCUGGGGAUCAACCAGAGAAUAAGGUUGUCUUCACAGAGAUGGAAGAAUUUGUUUGGGGUCUGCAACUUGAUGGAAGUGAAGAUGUCUUCAUGGAGGAAGAUGUGGCAGCCAGCACAUCCGAUCAUGAAAUGAAGGAUGAAGAUGGUGGCUGGACUGAUGUACAAGAGCCCACUCCAGAUGAGACCCACACACAGGAAAUAGAAGAGGAGGUGGCUCCAGAUGAGACAAUUCAUGAACCUGCAGUUGGUAAGGGUCUAGCUAGUGCUCUUCAACUUCUGAAAGGUCGUGGAACUCUCAAGGAAACCAUUGAAUGGGGUGGUCCAAACAUGGAUAAGAAAAAAAGCAAACUUGUUGGCAUCGUUGGUGGAGAUGGAACUAAGGAAAUACGCAUUGAGCGGACAGAUGAAUAUGGGCAGAUUUUGACACCAAAAGAAGCUUUUCGUUUACUCUCGCACAAGUUCCAUGGGAAAGGUCCUGGAAAGAUGAAACAAGAAAAGCGAAUGCGACAGUAUCAUGAGGAGUUGAAAAUAAAGCGGAUGAAAAAUUCUGAUACACCAUCGCUUUCAGUUGAAAGAAUGAGGGAAGCUCAAGCUAAGCUUAAAGCGCCUUAUCUUGUCUUAAGCGGAAAUGUCAAACCAAGCCAAAGUAGUGAUCCGAGAAGUGGUUUUGCAACUCGAGAUAAAAAGGUUGAGCACUUCUUGAAUAUCAAACGCAAGGCUGAGAAUGGAGAAUCUUCUUCUCAAAAGAAGCCCAAAACUUGAUGACAAAAUAAUUUCUGUGCAGAAAAUGAGGCAUUUGGUCACUUGUAAACCUAGCGGUAUUAGCACAGUAUUUUUUGGAUGCGUCGGAAGUCGUAGGUUCGUUGUCUAUUGUGAAGAAUUAUAAGCGUUGACUUACCCCUUCAAAUUGGCAUAUCGAUCCGGUGCCUUUAUAAA